CAGCCUCCUCUUUGAUUUACCUACCCCUUCCAAAUAUUUGCUGUAUUUUUUUAUUUUUUUAAAAAUCUGUUUUCCUUUGUGAUUCCUCGCUGAGUUGAAAUGAGGAGAGAAGCCAAAGUUGUGCAUUGGUUGGUAGCGUCUCUUUGUUUUCUGGGUUCUGCAAUUAGUAUGCUAUCUCCCAAAGGCGUCAACUUUGAAGUGCAAGCUUUGAUGGGAAUAAAAGCUGCUUUGGAGGAUCCUCAUGGUGUUCUUGAUAACUGGGAUGGGACUGCUGUUGAUCCUUGUAGUUGGAACAUGGUCACUUGCUCCGAUGAAGGUCUGGUUAUUGGACUGGGAAUUCCAAGCCAGUGUUUGUCUGGUUCUCUUUCUCCAACCAUUGGAAACUUGACAAACAUUAAGUUGAUAGAUUUGCAAAACAACAACAUAACAGGAGCAAUUCCAGUACAGAUUGGCCGUCUCUCAAAUCUUAACACGCUUGAUCUUUCCAAUAAUACCCUCACUGGCGAAAUCCCGCCUUUGGGACGGUUGAGAGGCCUGCAUUACUUGAGGCUAAACAACAACAGUUUGUCUGGAAGAAUUCCCGUGUCGUUGUCUAACAUGACUCAACUUUCUAUAGUGGAUUUAUCAAACAAUAACUUGAGCGGACCCGUGCCAAGAGUUCCUUCCAAGACAUUCAACAUUGUUGGAAAUCCUCUAAUAUGUGGCACGCGGCCUGAACCAUACUGCCAUCGUACAUUGAACACUUCUAGAACUGUUCAUCCAUCUGUUAAAAGGAAAAGUCACAAACUUGCAUCAUCUGUGUUGGGUUCUAUCCUGGGAUGUAUAUGCGCGCUCUUCCUAGGAAUAGGACUUCUCCGCUGGUCAAGGAAAAGGCAAGCUCAACGAAUGCUCUAUGGUGAAGAAAACCCGGUUGGGAAUAUAAGAAGAUUUCGACUGAAAGAGCUUCAACUUGCAACCAACAACUUCAGCAGCAGAAACAUCUUGGGAAAAGGUGGGUAUGGAGUUGUUUACCGAGGCGAGCUAAGGGACGGGACCACAGUGGCCGUGAAGAGGCUGAAUGAUGGGAAUGCUUCUGGAGGUGAGAAACAGUUGCAGACAGAGAUUGAGACAAUCAGUUUGGUUGUCCACCGCAAUCUUCUUAGGCUGUUGGGCUUCUGUAUGACCCCAACAGAAAAGCUUCUGGUUUACCCUUAUAUGUCCAAUGGCAGUGUCGCUUCCCGUCUCAGAGUGAAGCCAGUUUUGGAGUGGGAGAGAAGGAAGCGAAUCGCCAUAGGGGCAGCGAGGGGGCUUCUGUACCUCCACGAGCAGUGUGAUCCGAAGAUAAUCCAUAGGGAUGUGAAGGCUGCAAAUGUAUUGCUGGAUGAGUACUGUGAGGCAGUGGUUGGGGAUUUUGGGCUGGCAAAGCUUUUGGAUCACACGGACUCGCAUGUCACUACGGCUGUACGUGGGACCGUGGGACAUAUUGCCCCUGAAUAUCUAUCCACGGGGCAGUCCUCCGAGAAGACAGAUGUCUUUGGGUUUGGGAUCCUUCUUCUUGAGCUCAUCACAGGGCUCAGAGCUAUGGAAUACUGCAAAGCGGCUCAUCAUGGCGGUGCCUUGCUUGAUUGGAUCAAGAAAAUCCACCAAGAGAAGCAGCACCUGAAUGCACUAGUAGAUAAAGGCUUGGGAAACAAAUACAACGAGAUUGAGGUGGACGAGAUGGUUCGGGUGGCUCUACUCUGCACCCAAUACGUUCCGGGGCACAGGCCUAAAAUGUCCGAAGUGGUUCGAAUGCUGGAAGGGGAUGGAGUUGCCGAGUGUUGGGAAGCGUCCCAGAAGAUAGAACCCAAUAUGUAUAAGACACAACCCAUUGCAUCUUCGUCUUCCUCAUCUGAGAGAUUCUCAGAUCAAACCGUUGGUUCGACUUCUCUUCCACAUGCCAUGGAGCUGUCUGGUCCAAGGUAGUAGUGGAGCAUAUAAUAUUGAUAUAUGUAUACUCGUAGAUAUGUUUGUACCAUAAAAAUGGAGAGUUUUUUUCCAAAGGCUUUUUGGACAUUGAGAGCUGUCUUAAAACAUCCCAAAAAUAUAAUUUGUUGUAGUUU